UACCAACUGAAUGAUUGCCAACGGCGUACCACGUCUCAAAUCAAUUUACCUUAGAGAUUUACAUUGGUAUCAGAAUGAAGUCAGUCAAAAUAGUUUAAAAUUAGAUCACUUUUGUCAGCAGUUUUCAAAAUUUAUAGUCAUUUUUUGAAUCCCUAGGUGACGCAAGCGUUUUACAAUGGCCGACAGUAAUUUACCACCAGAGACCGAAAAUGUAAUACCCGAUUUAGUUCAUUCUGAUUUCCUCCCAGUCUUUCUGCAAAAUGUCGAUGAAAAGGAGUGGGUGCGUCAACUAGGCGUAUACCUUCGCAGCCUGCAGCACCGCUUGCGACAGGGCGUUCAGGAGCACCAGAAGGUUGUACAGUCGUCGGUGCAGCUGCUCAAGGAGGUGGACGAUGUGAACAGCAUGGUGCAGUUCGCCAGAUGCGGCCACCAGGACUCGGCCACCAAGAUACAGCGCCUGAUCGUGGGAUUCGAGACGGUUAGUGCGGUGAACGCCUCGCAGACCGCCGCCGGGGCGGGCAUAAGUUUGCCCUCUGACAUGGCGGAGAUUCAUGACCUGUUGGGGGAGUUCGAGCACCUUAAUGACAGCCAAGUCCUGCGAGAGAGCCUAGUGAACUUCAAACGCGCCCGAGAGUCUCUGGAGAAGGUUCUAGGCCUCCUAGAGAAGAUUGGCAGCGAGUCUCCACGGCCGUCUCCGCCAGGAAGUCAACUGUUCGGGUGUCCCAGUGCCAGUCGCAGCCUGCGCGAGAAGAUCGAGGCCUUCAACAAGGUCUUAGAGGAAGCCCCCGAGAAGCUGGGGGACACCUGCCGGCAUUUCAAGGAGUGCUUCUGCAGCUGCUGCAGCCUGGACGAGUCCUUCGAGUCCAGUGGACACAAGCCCCUUCCCGUUGCCUCGAAAACCAAUUCGGGGUACGAGGGUGACAUAGACAGCGAGGUGGAGCAGGCGGAACAGGCGGAGGUGGAUAUGAAGGCCGACCAUUAAAAAAAUUACUGGUAAAGAGCAAGUUGGAAAAGCAAGGAAUGCAAAUGAGUUGCAAUUCGGAGUAUCUUUUCAAUGACUAGUAAUACUUCAUGUUUUAUGGUUGUAAAGGACGACAGACAAAAUCACUAUAAAUAUACCAUUUUAAAUUUGUAUUCUAA